AUGCCUUGCACUCGUUGUUUCCGUGCAAAGGUCCUGUGUCGUUUUGGCGAGAAGUCUAUACGCUAUAGGACUUGCAUCGAGGCGAAGAAACCUUGUGACGGCGUCCUCGUGGCGUCUACUUUUAGAAGUUGA